CGUGAGGCUUCUGCUCUCAGCAGAGGGGAAUUUCAUGGAUGGGUGUGCCACAAACAUAGCUUUCACAAUCCCUGCCUUAUGCUGCCUUGCAGUACUAUAAGAAAGAAUUAAUUUCUCUUCUCAUUGCAGUGCCACUGGAUUGUUUGCAGUUUGCAGGUGCUGCAAUCAAUCAUUAUAAAAUUGUGCAUUUUAUUUCACCAAAGUGAGAGCAUUCUCAAGCAGGAAUGUCUGGCAGUGUACCUGUUGUCACAUGGAAAAAUUUGAAGACUGUCCAGAUGGUGCAGAUGGGCUCCAAACUUGUGUACAAAGCUGCUUAUGGCCCCACAGGCCACAUUGUCUUUUUGAAGCUUCUUCCCUAUACUGGCAUGAACGAAAGGGAAAUACAGGAGAUACUCAGCAAAAUGGAAUUUAUUGGGCAACUAAAAUCCGAACGGCUGGUGCAAAUAUUUGGGGUGUACAAAAGUCCAAAUACUUUUGGGAUCCUGACAGACUGGAUGGAGAAUGGAUCAUUACACUCAUUUAUUCACCAGCGGGAACUAUAUCCUGUGCUGCCAGUGUGUGUGUGUGUUCGGAUUCUUUCAGACAUUGCAGAGGGAUUGCAUUAUCUACACAAUCUGCCCUGUCCUGUCAUGCACAGGACACUGAAGCCAUCUAACAUCCACUUGGAUGCAAAGUAUCAUGCAAAGAUAUCAAAAUAUGGGCUAUUAAGGAUGCAAACAAGCUUCUUGCCUACUUCAGAAGGUGGUAAUAAAGAUGAUGAAGACAGUAUUGUGUACCUAUCACCUGAUAGGCUAAAGAGUGCUGUACCAACACUGGCAGAUGAUACUUACAGUUUUGGGAUAAUUGCCUGGGAAAUGUUCAGCAGGAAAGUUCCUUUUCAAGAUAUUUCCAAUUCUUUGAAGCUGGCAACUUGUAUCAGUAGAGGCCUUAGACCACAACCCAACUUGGAAUUACUUUUAAAUGCAGAAAAUAUCCAGUCUGCUCGACUUGAGGACCUCACUCAGUUUGUUAACUUCUGCUGGCACCAAGACCCUCACAUGAGACCCUCAAUGACUGUGUGCUUUAACCACUUCCAACGGGUCUUACAAAACUUUAGUAGUGAUAUGAUACAGAAAUCGGUUGAUUGCCUCAUCAGAAAUAAGGAGAGGGCAGAACAGACUUUACCAACUUCUGCACAAGAGUUUGAUAUUCGGUUCUUGGAUAUUUCCUGCUCGGUGAGCAACAGUAAAUCUGUUCAGAGAAGUCGAGCACAGAGUGUUCCCGAUGAGAGUCAGGCAUUAUUAUUUAAAGGCCUAGAACAUCCCCGGGAGCAAAGGAGCGCUAGUCUGCCUGCAACCGGAAAGUACUCUCCAAUUACCCAUUUCUUGCCAACCAUUGAGUGUCAAAAUCCUGACAGAUCUCAUUGCUACAGGUGGUCCCAAAGGAUAAAUAUUCACUCAGCAUCCAAAGGUUUCUACAAGAGUGAAAGCUGUGCAGAGAUAUUGAUCAAAAAUCGAGAAAGCAUUUUAAAUGGUGUAACAGAAGGACAACUCAACAAGAUUCUAGACAUCAUGAGAUCAUCUAAGGUCCUCUCUAGAGGUGACUAUGAGAAUAUCAAUUCAAAAAUGACUCUUACAGAGAGAGCUAGAGAGUGCCUGGACAUGUGCUGUGGAAAAGGAGAAGAGGCUUCACGGGCUAUUCUAGAAACACUCGGGUGCUACAGAUUUAGUUAAAGAUAUGGUCAAAAAGCAAGAAGAGGGUGAACAGUAUUAUUCUGUAAUCUGGAUGCGCUUCUGGAAUUUAUAGGUACAGGUGGUUAUUUGGAAUGGCUCACUUGUGCUAGAAAGCUACCAGAUUAAAGAUAGAAGGCAGAACCUUCAAAUAUCUAAUGCUCUGCAAUGUACUAUGGAAUGGUUCACAUGCUAAGCAUGUUUUUUUAAAGGUUAUUAUUUUUGUCAUUUACAGCAAAAAGCAGCAAAGAUAUUAUAAUAGUAGGAAGUGGGAUGCUGCUAAACAUAUUUCAAUGUAAACUGCAUAUUAAUUGCCCAGCCUAUGUGAAAGUAAAGGGCACAUAGGUCAAUUUUGUAGCUUGAAGUCUCAGUGAACUUGGAAAAAAGCUAAAUUAUUUAUUUUAGAGCUGAUCCUUUGUUCUGUACUUUAGUUAAUACAGAAAUGCAAAUGCUUUAAUAUUUUGCAUGUUGCUCCCCAAAAAGUGUCUAAAUGUAACUAAUUCUUUUAUACUGCUGACAGUGGACCCCACAACCAGAGCUCCUGGAUGUGGGACUGUGUAGUAACCUUUUACCCUGCAGUUUUUUAUUUUGUGGUGAAAAAUCAAUAUCUAGGUUCUGAUGUCACAAUAGUGCUAUAUUCUACCUGUAUAACCAUUGUGCUUAUGGCAUAUGGUAAGAUAUGUCUCAUAAAAUAUGAAAGUUAUGAUUAGUAUAUUCUGUGAAUAAAAUAUGUAUUUAUAUAGUA